UUACGUUCGACCAAUUAGAGCGCAGGAGGAAAAUUACGGCAAAUGUGCGAGAUUCGAGUUUCCGGGAGUGUAAACUACGUUCCAGUGUUCUUAAAAUAUUUAAUAUAAAAUUUAUGCUAUACAAAUUUGAUAUAAAAUUAAAGAAUUAAACAAUGUUAGACGAGGAAGAGGUGUUGGACAGCGCUUUUGACAAUGAUAGUCAUGAUCAGAAUGUAUCAGAACCUCAAAUCCAAAUAUGGAAAUCAUUAAUUAAUUUAGUUCAACCAAAUUUGUUGCUGUAUCAGAAAAAACACAAAGAAUACAGCAACAAAAGUAUGAAAAUACAGAUAUGGAACAGUAUUGGGGCAGCCUUAAUACCGCCAAUAACUGGAAUUGAUGCAGAAAAAAUGUUUUAUCGUUUGCGUCAAAAAUUUGGUAAAGAGCGCCGGAAAGUAACGCAGUCGCAGGCAAGAUCUGGUGCAGGGGCAGAUCAUGUGCCGUACACGUCCAAUUGGAUACUAUACAAAGAUCUAAUGUUUCUAGCUGAUCAUAUUCAACCUAGACAGACAUCAUCAAAUUUCCAGCCGGUUAUUCCGAAGCGCAAGAAAGCUAUAGCUUCACAAAUGUCGCAUUUUAGUAGCUCACAACUCUAUUUGCAACGUGCUAGCUCGCAGCCUUCCAGCUCACAAUGUGCUGCAUCAACACCUGCAAUCAUAUGUACACAACCACUAACUUCAGAAGAAUCCACAGAUGUAAUAUUGAAUAUUGACUUGAAUGAUGAAUCUUUAGAAUUUUUAACUGAAAAUGAGAAAGCAUCUGUAGCAGAUUCCAUGGAAUCGUCUUCAGUAUCACUUUCCAACUCGUCAACUUCACAAGGCAUUAUAUCCAGAAGCAUGCAAAAAGUCGUACUCCCUGCUAUCACACCUCAAAAACUGACACCACCAGCAGAUAAUACUAAAAAGAGAAAACACCAGACAAGUGAUGAAGUAGAUGCAGCAGUGGUAAAAUCAUCCGAAAACAUUUCCUUCUUAGCUAACACACUGGACAUUGCACUUAAUAAAAAAAUAACAUCAGUAUCAGAACCGACAAAACCAAAAUUAUCUGAUGCAGUAGAAAAUAUGAUGAGUGGUAUAGCCUUAGGAUUGGGCAAAGUUCCUGAAGAUCAUCAAAUGGAUUGUUUUAUAUCGAUCCUUAAUUGCAUUAACAACUUUAUAAAAAAAUAA